AUACAAUCAGUCAUCAAGAAUACCACGACACCAUCAUGGAUUAACUCUGUUCCCUCUAACUACAGAGAAACCUCAGCAGGUACUAUCAAAGCUGAUGAAUGGCAUGUUCUUAGCACUAUCUAUCUUCCCAUAGCACUGGUAACAUUAUGGGGUGAUAAUAAUGGCCAACCCCUGCCAGAUGAUUCUUGGCAUCUUCCAAUAUUAGACUGCACAAUGGUGCUGUUUCAGGCUGUUACUAUCAUCUGCCGAUAUACCAUGAACCUUGGUCAAGCUACUACAUAUAGGAAUCUGCUAAAGAAAUGUGUUGAUGGGCUCUAUUCGGUGCAUCCCCACAUGCAAACACACAAAGAAAGACCAAAUGUUCAUGCUGCGUUCCAUCUUUAUGAGUUUAUUAUUUCUUUUGAGCCUGUCAUUAGCUGGUGGUGCUUUUCUUUUGAGUGUCUCUUUGUGACACUGCAGAAAAUCAAUAUUAAUGACCAUGUUGGUGGUAAGUUAUCUUUUUUCUUUAUCAGUUGUGUACAAGAGUUAACAUCUUUAUUAGGAGAGCUCAAGACAACCAUGCUUCAAUCAUUUAUGAAAGCAGCAAAUCUUCAUCACUAUCUGAGCAGACCAGAAUGUCCACAGCACAUGCAGGAAUUCAAGUGUCUGCUUGAUAACGCAUUGCCACCAAAGGACCAAAGGGAGGUGAAGUUUGAGGCUGAUCCGCCAAUGCUGAGGCAAACAUGA